AUGGAAUCCACUGCUACAACUGUCCCUCCUGGAGGUUUGGUACUUGUAUCUGGAGUCAAUGGCUUCAUCGGCUCGCAUAUUGCUCUUAAUCUUGUGAAGCUGGGAUACAAGGUGCGCGGUACUGUCCGCUCGGAAGACAAGGCCGCCUGGAUCAAAGAGGCCGUGGCUCACUACUAUCCGUCUGCGAGAUUUGAGACGGCCCUCGUCCCGGAUGUGGCUGCUGUAGGAGCCUGGGACGAGGUUGUGAAGGGCGUUGACGGCAUUGUCCAUGUCGCAGGAGACAUGAGCUUCGGAGCAGACCCCAACAAAACCCCAAUGGUCAACAGCGUCAGGAAUCUGCUGGAAACUGCCGCCAAAGAAUCGUCCGUCAGGCGAUUUGUCUUCACAAGCAGCAACCAAGCAGCGUUGAACCGAACUUUGGGCAAGGAGUUCACGGUCGACAAGACCGCGUUUAACGAGGUUGGCGUUGCAAGUGCUUGGCGCUCGCCUCCAUAUGAGCCAGAUCGUAUUUGGGAUGUCUAUUCUGCACUCAAGACACAAACAGAGCAGGAGGUCUGGAGAUUCGCCCACGAAGAGAAGCCCAGAUGCGUCAUCAACUCCGUCUUGCCCUGCUUCGUCGUUGGUCCCAUCAUUCACCCCAAACAGCCAGGCAGCACAGGCAAGUGGGUGAUGGAUUUCUGGAGGGAUCCUGGCCAUUUCGCCCCUCUGCAAGGCUUCGGCGGCUCAUAUUUCAUUGAUGCAGACGAUGCAGCGCUCCUGCAUAUUGCUGGCUUGGCCCAAGAAGAUGUCAAGAAUGAACGCUUGUUUGGUUUCGCGAGCACAUUCAACUUCAACACCUGGGUCAGCGUUUUCCGUCAAUUAGACCCGAGCAGAUCCUGGCCUGCAGAUGACCCCAAUCAGCAGAACGAUCUCAGCAUAGUAGACGACGCAAGGGAAUUGGAGCUGUUGAAGCGCUUCGGACGCAAUGGUUGGACUAGCUUUCUCGACAGCGUGAAGAGGGCUACACAAGAAAGCCGCCAGUAA